CUAAAUAACCAGCUAGCCUUAGCCAGCCUAGCUAGCUAGUCUAACCUUUUGUUGAUAUGAUUCAUAAGAGAUUGCGCACAAGGUAAACUAAGAUUGCUAACGUUUGUUAUCAUCAGUGAAUCAUUAAUGAAUGCGCAUACUUUAACUUGGCCCAUACAUGUUUAUAAAGCACGGCCAUACAAUCUAAUCAAUGUGGUAGUUUUUAUUAUUAGCCUAUUCCUCCUCGCCGUUCCCACAAUCCUCUUGCGGAAAUUAGGUGGCCAUGUUGUAAGAUGGCGCUGGCGUAGCUAACGUUAGCCUGUUCAAUCAUUUGCGGCCCACAUAGACAUUAAGCCAAAAGCGAGCGGCCUAGGGUCUUUCGCUGUGUUUUCUGUAACAGAUGGGUGCAACAGAGACCGUUCGCAUUUAUUCUUCCAGUAUAAUACAGGCGAAGUAACCCUGAACAGUUAGCUUUUGAGUUGUUGGCCACGUCUUGACUUCGUGGGAUGGAUGCAUGCAGGUAUGGCCCUCAACUGAUGUGAAAGGUGCUGGACAUGGCAGAAGGGAUUGAUGUCGGCGAGAUGCCCUCUUUCCAGCUGGUUCCCAGUUCUGAAGCAAAAAAGAGGCCGAUUUCAUCUGAUGGCAGGGAAGAGCCUAUGAGGAAGAUGCCUGUGUCCAAGUUUGGUCCUCGACCCCGGUUCGAGCCUGUGCACUUUGUCAGCAGUGGCACUACUGGCAGCAGUGGCACGGACGAGAAGGAGAACGAAAAGGAGCGCCGGAGGGGCGAGAUGAACAGCGUGCGACAGAGGGACUUUGAGAGCCUGUCGUCUUACGGCGGCAGGUCGUCGUACGCCUCCCCCGGCUCGUCCUCUUUUUCCCAGAGCGCCACGCCGUACUCGUCCGACUCGUGGGCCCGCCGGAGGGACCGGGACCGUGACCGCGAAGUGGCCGCCAGCACCUCUAGCGGCCUGGGUUUCGGGAGUCGAGGGUGCUCCUCGAACUUCAUGGCGAGGACGCAGCAGGACUACUCGGCCCGAUACGAGGCGCACGGCGCCCGGCAGUCGGACUCCUCUUUUCAGGCUCGUAGGUUUGAGGACUUUCGGGGAGGCAGCCGCUCCGGAGGCAGCUGGGACUCGGGCCGUCAGGGCUUGGGCUUCGGGCACCAGGACAGGCCCUCUUCCAGCAGGGCUUUUAGCAGGGUCUACAGCAGCCCUGGGGACAGCAGCCCAACCUCCCAGUCGGGAUCUGGCUCCUCCCAGUCUGCCCCCGUCUCCUAUGCUACGCUGGACGAGAAGCAUAGGCUGAUCGCCAGGGUAGCGGCAGCCAUGGCCGUCACUUUCAAAGACCCUACGUCCAUGAGCGGCCCCGACACGCCAAACUACAACUUCAUAUUGAGCCGCAGUAUCCAGGCCUGCAAAACCAACCCGGAGUACAUCUACGUCAACCUGAAGGACAUCCCGCCUUCGGACCUGCCCAAGAACAGGAAGGUGCCCUCCGAUGGCUAUGCCUGUGAGCUUAGGUGCCAGUGUGUGUACCUGUCCACCGGGUACUCUGGCAGUAAGAAUGGGGCCCGGGACCGGGCAUCUGAGCAGGCUGUCAAGCUCUUCUUGAAGCCCGUGGAGGUGCGGAUCGUGCAGCGCAAGUACCGGCAUUCCUACGUCAACGACAUGGUGGUGUGCCAGAUGCACUCCCCGACCCCGGCCUUCCUGCCGGCGCUACGCAACCCCGAGGACAAGCCGCCGCCCAGCUCCAAGGGCCAGUACGAGCACGACCGCCGCAAGCACUGGACCGAGUUCGUCAUCGUGGACAACGCCCACGACGCCAUCUGCAUCCUCAACAACUCUGCCGCCUUCAAUCGGAUGAAGAUCGACUACCGGUUCGACCACGUCCCCAACACCAGCGUCUGGCAGUGCAGCGUGUACUUGCAGGACGAGCUGGUGGCCCAGGCGACCGGGAACAAAAAGACCUCCAAGCACGCGGCUGCGGAGGAGGCCCUGAGGAAGCUUCGCCUCAACCAGGCAGCCAAGCAGCACGAGCAGCAGCAGCAGUUCUCCAGGGGGAACCACCACCACUCGGAGCCCUCGGCCGGCCGCUUUGGGGGCGGCCACCCCUUCGGCAGGAAGAAGCACCUCAGCGAGCUGGUCAUCCUGGAGAACUCCGACAACGCCAUUUGCAUCAUCAACGACACGGCGCAGUUCAACAAGGUGUCCGCCGACUACAAGUUCAUGGUGUUGCCGGACCACCGCUGGAGGUGCGAGGUGUACCUGGAGGGCCAGUACGUGGCGGCCGGCAUCGGACCCAAGAAGACCGUGAAGCACAUCGCCGCGGAGGAGGCCCUGGCCACGCUCAGGCAGACGCAGGCCGUGGUGAAGUCCAAUCUGAGGAAGGAGGGCAACGUCGACGCCAUCUCCCGGAACCAGAUCCUGGCCCGCUCUGGGGAGGAAGCCACCCGGCAGGAGAUUAAGGAGGACAACAUCGGGAACCAGCUGCUGCGCAAGAUGGGCUGGAAGGGAGGCGGGCUGGGCCGGGAGGGCGAGGGCAUCGCCGAGCCCAUCAAGGUCAAAGAGCAGUUCUCCCGGGAGGGGCUGGGCCUGGACGCGGACAAGCCCGGGAACCAGCUCAGCAAGCGCGACAUCGAGGAGAUCAUCCGCAACUACGCCAGCUCGGACCGGCAGGACGACCUGCGCUUCUCCACGGAGCUCAACAACGACGAGCGCAAGCAGAUCCACCAGAUAUCCCAGAAGUACGGCCUGCGCAGCAAGUCCUACGGGCAGGGCCGGCAGCGCUUCCUCAUCGUCAGUCGCAAGGUCCACAAGGACCAGCUCAUUGGCCAGCUCCUGCAGGAGGGGCAGGUGGGCCGGUAUGAAUUGGUGAAACCUCAGGCCUCGCACUGAUGCCAGGACCUGUGCAGGGAACUCUGCAGUACUCCAUUGUUGUGGGGAAAUAAAUGCACUUCAUAAAGUUCCUCUGUUUAGUUCUUUUGGGCUUGCUGCCUCCACCCCACCCCCCUCCUCCAAUGUUCAAUACAUAUUUCAAAUUGGCAGUUUUGUCUUUUUUUUUUCUCCCCCCCCCGGAAACAUUCACUUUGCACUGUGUUCCUAAUCCUUUCAGCGAGUGAAGACUUAAUGCGUGUCAUGAUUAAGAAGAACUUACUGGACUUCAAAGUUUGCAUUUGUUCUAUGGGAUUUCUCCACCCCUCUACUUCUCUUAAAUGUCAUUCCACAGUUCCUUUCAGUGUAACCUACUGUAGCUCACACCCUUUGCUCAUGUAUUUAGAUUAACUUAAGCACCGUGUACUGUAUUGUACAUAAACUACCUUUGUGAUUUCCCCCUGAAUCAAAUACUGGCGUUAAGAUGCAUACUACAAAGGGAGCCAUGAAAAAAACAAAGCAUUUGCAACAUUUGACCUCGAAGCAUUACAUAAGUGUCAUUUAGGUUGGAUGUCAUACAAGUAUGGUAUACUCGGAUUGUAGUAAAUCCUUUUUUCCGAUGCCCUCAAUAUUGUAUUAAAGUGCAUUGCCCAUGAUCAGCAACUUACAUUAUGGAAAGCCUUGCAAAGAUUCAGACACUUUUUGGACCUAAACUGUUUGUUUAAAGUAAAAUGAUUUCACUAUUCAAAGUGAAAUAUCAGGUCAAGUCUUUGCUUAUUUUAGGAACACUGAUGUUGCUGCAAAAAAAAAAUCUCAAAUUUAUUUGGGUGAUGGUGAAGGUUUAAAGGGAUCCAAGCUGUGUUUCAGUUGGCAGUUUGGAUUUCCUUGACCAGGUAAAUGCAGACUUUACUGCCCUGCAGUAAUUUCUUCUUGACAUGUUGCAUAACGUUUGUGGAUACAGCUGACUAGUCUGCCUGUUUUUACAGCUGUAAUGACCAGGAAUAACAAAUAAAUUAAAUCUGAAAGGAAUCUUCCCAUUUAAUUUUACAUCUGUCUGGAGUUUUCAGACAUUUCGAUUUCUACAGAGACUUGAACGGUCGUUAUUCUGUGAUUUAGUGUUGUCCUCUUUGGUCUUCUUGGUAGACAGGCUAUUGGGUUGUGAAAUAUGAUAAAAACACCCCUAAGAAACGGGGAGAGGUGUGAAAGAAAAGAGAGGACAAGUUUGAUAUUGUCACCUAGUAAACUACAGUUGGCUACACAAUUA